AUGGCCGCUCAAGCUGCCUACACCAUUCAAGACACCUAUGAUGCAACGAACUUUUUCGACACUUUCGACUUCUUCUCGGGCCAGGAUCCGACAAACGGUUUCGUGGAAUACAAUGACAAGGUCUCCGCCAACGAAUCGUCCUUGGCUGGCUACGCCAAUGAUGGUAUCUACCUCGGGGUUGAUCAUACAACGCAAAACCCAACACCGGGUAGGGGCUCCGUACGCCUGACUUCGAAGAAGGCAUACACAAAGGGACUCAUUGUUGCGGACAUCGCCCACAUGCCACACAGCUCCAAGAAUGGAUGUGGCGUCUGGCCAGCACUGUGGACAUUCGGGCCUAACUGGCCAAGCAGCGGCGAGAUCGAUAUUCUCGAGGGAGUCAACUCGCAAACCAGCAACAUCAUGACGCUGCACACCUCGGAGGGAUGCAGCUUUAGCCAAGGAGACUGCCAAGGCAAUCAGGGCUGUUCGUCAAAGACUAACGACUCAACGAGCUACGGUGCUGGUAUGAAUAAAAUCGGCGGUGGUGUGUAUGCGAUUGAGUGGACAAGUCAGGCGAUCUCCAUCUGGUGGUUCCCGAGGACAAAAUCGACACCGGCCGACAUCGACGCUGGAACCCCCUCCCCAGCAUCGUGGGGCGCCCCUGCCGCGAAGUUCGCCGGUUCUGGCUGCAACAUCGACGACCAUUUCAUAAAUCACAACAUCGUAUUCAAUAUCGACUUCUGCGGCGAUUGGGCGGGAAAGGUUUUCAGCACCGACUCAACUUGCAGCAGCCUAGCGUCGACUUGCGAAGACUACGUCGCCAAGAACCCAGCCGACUUCAAGGAAGCGUACUUCUUGAUCAACUCGGUCAAGGUGUUCUCGAAAUCAGGCAGCGCACCUAAGCGAGAUGGGCUUACGACUCCCAAGGCUUUCAGGGCCUAA